AACAUAGUCGAAGGGCAUUUUAGCGUUUUACCGAUAAAAUUAAAAUACUGUUUCCCAUCCAUUUAAAUGCCUGAAAAUACAUACAACUUUACUUUAUUAUUGAAAGAUGUCAAAAACAGUUGGUGCAACAAUUUUGAUUGAUUGUAUGGAGCGCAAAGUCGAAGAGGAUGUUCGACAGCCAUUGUCGUCGUCGGAGCAAGUGAUGAGCGAAGUUCACCUCGGCUGCCCUCCUAACCAUUCGGGUCCCCAUCUCUCCCAUUUUACCAUCUCCUUACCACUUCCUCACGAAAAUUCCACUUUGAGAGGAAAUGCGGAUGCAGUUGGGGAUAUUUCAAUUUCUGCAUCUACCUCAUUUGACUUGGAUGAAGAUGGUGAUCCUAUUCUAACACGACGCAAAAAAUCACCUAGCCAUCAUCUUGUCUUGACCAUCCAGCAUAAUAUCACUUCAUCGAUUCCUAAGGUUGGUCUGCAGGUUUGGAGAGCAGAACUAGUACUGGCUGAUUUUGUGUUGCAUGUGAUGUCUAUGUCAUCUGAUUUUGAUAAAGUUGUUGCAUUGGAGCUUGGGGCUGGUACAGGGUCUGGUGUUAAAUCUCAGAGCAUAUCAGGUUUAGUUGGUAUUUUGCUUGCCCGUGCUGCUAAAACUGUCUUCAUAACAGACCAUGGCGACGAAGUACUUGAAAACUGUGAUAAAAAUGUUGAUCUUAAUGCUGAAAUAUUCCAUGGGAAGGCUUCUGUUCAUGUACGUGAACUUGAUUGGAAAGAUUCAUGGCCUCCCCAAGAAACGGAUACUUCACCAUCUAAAGGAAGGUACAGCUGGACCCAAUCAGAAACUGAAGAACUCAAGAAAGCUUCUUUGCUUCUAGCUGCUGAUGUCAUUUAUAGUGAUGAUCUGACUGAUGCAUUCUUCAGCAUCUUGAAGAAAUUAAUGUCAGACAACCCGGAGAAGGUGCUGUACUUGGCUAUGGAAAAGCGUUACAACUUCACGCUUGAUGAUCUUGAUGUUGUUGCAAAUGGAUAUUCCCACUUCCGUAGUUACCUGAUCACUGAAAAAGCAGAUGAUGCAAGAUGUAACCUGCUUGAUAGUGCAUCCGAGCCCUUCUUUGUUGGAGAGCAGAUCGAUUUGAGAUGCAUACCAUGUUAUGUGAGGGAUUACAAUAGAGGGAAUGACGUCGAACUUUGGAAAAUUAAGUUAAAAUCAUAGAGCACUCUUCUGAAUUUUGUAAACGUCUCUUGUUCAUAACAUUCAUCUUCAGUGACUUACGGUUCGUCAUUAAGAGUAAAAGUCAUACCAAA